AGAAGGAUUUAAGAGAAAAAGGAUUAACUCCUUAAUUCUCUGUAUUUUUAACUCAAAUCAAAGCCAAAACCACUUUCGCUUUAAGUCAAGAUAGUCUCCCGUCUGUCUAAAGUACGCCCGGGCCGAUCACUCACCACGCCUUAUCCUGCGCACCGGCUUUCAACGUUUCAGAUCCCUCAAACUAUGGCCAAGCUCACGCUCCCUCUCUGGACUCAUUGAAGAUAGUAUCCAGUUCUUGUCUUUAACAUUUCUCUGCAAAAUUUUCUAUGUACGGAUUGAUCCCUUGGGUUCUUUAAUCAUCAGUUGUCUUUUUAAUUUUUGGGUUUUAUUGAUUAGCAUGCAAGUAAUCAAUUUGAUAACAGUACUUUUUAGUUCCUUAAUUUGUACUUUUUGUGCCUAUUUAAGCUGCUAAUUAAGUUGAGAAUUAUGGAUUAUUUUGAAAUCUAUUUUUUAUUUAAUUUUCCAUAUCAGUAAAUGUAACCUUACCUUACUCUGUGGCAUUGGUUCGAUCUGGAUAUUGGAUGGCUGCACUGCAGUCAUUGGGUACUAAUAACUUUCAUGAUAUUUGAACCCUUACUGUGGAAUUCUGUUACUUGCAAUUGCUGCAUAGCUAUGAAACAUCUUAUUGAUAGUAUUGUUAUUUGCAUAUGUGAUGGAUAUUCUCUAGUGUCUUUUGUUGUAAGCUCAAUCACUCUUUUAAUGCUGGAAAAGAGGAUUUUGUUUUUGGUGUCCCCAUGCUAUUAUUCUCUUGUAAAAUAAAGAAGUCUUCUAAAGAGACUGAGGUCAAGUAGAAAUGCUAGAUACUGAUGCCCCAACUUAUAGAAACUAAAAAUUUGUAGGUUCUGAUAAUUUGGCUAUUUGCGUUCUUUGUGUAUAUUGUCCCAUUGAGGAUUUCUACCUUCAAAUCCUACUUGAUUCCUUGAGAGAGCCAAAAAUGGUCCGGGAGCUCUUAGUUGGUUAUCUGCACUCCCUUUAAUAGAUUUGGUUCUAAUUGCUUGCUGUGUGAAGCAUUCAAGCAUAUUGGAACCGUUAUGUAAUUGUUUCUUUUCAUUUAGCAAUCUGGAUUAGUAACUUUAUGGACAAGUGAUGGCAACACUAUAGCAAUUAUUGUAUUACCCAGUAGAUACAUAUUAAGCUUGUGCCUGGUGUUUAAAGUGUAGGUAAAAUUGUGGUGGGGCACCAUAAAACCAACUUUGCCCUGUUACCAUUUGCGUGAUGGGUAAAAUUUCCUUCUCCAAAGCUAAGCUUAUUAGCAUGAGAACUAAAUUAUAUUACAAUUCAAAAUCUGCAGUAUGAAUAGCAAACACUUCCUAUCUUACCUUUCGGGCCAACUCUUCUUCAAUAAGGUGUUAUCUUUGCUAGCAUCUGUGGAUGGUUGCAUUGUUUAACAUGUGUGUUAAUUUGAUGAUAAUAUCAUUUACUGAGUGCAAGAUUAAACAUGAUUGAAAUAUUUUUUGGACGGAAAUAAUCCAUAAGGCUGGCUGCAACUAGAUUGUGAUGAAGGCUUUGUUAAGUUGAGUUCAGUCUAUAUAGAGGGGCAUUCUGAAAAGCUUGAAACAUGAGCUGCUUUAGCUGUUGUGAAGAAGAUGACAUGCAUAAAGCCGCUGACAGUGGAGGUCCAUACCCUGUUAAAAAUUCAGCAGCAGGAACAAUUGGAGGUUACCAUGCUUCAGAAACAGCACCUAAGGGUGCUCAGGCUGUUAAAAUCCAGCCUAUUGAGGUACCUUCUAUUUCAGUGGAUGAACUAAAGGAAGUUACGGAUAACUUUGGGACAAAUUCUCUGAUUGGAGAGGGCUCAUAUGGAAGAGUAUAUUACGGGGUGCUUAAAAGUGGGCAGGCUGCAGCAAUAAAAAAAUUAGAUGCAAGCAAACAGCCUGACGAUGAGUUCUUGGCCCAGGUUUCAAUGGUGUCAAGGCUUAGACAUGAAAAUUUUGUACAAUUGCUUGGGUAUUGUGUUGAUGGAGUUUCCCGUGUAUUGGCAUAUGAAUUUGCAUCUAAUGGAUCUCUUCAUGAUAUUCUUCAUGGAAGGAAAGGUGUUAAAGGAGCACAACCUGGCCCUGUCCUUUCAUGGCAGCAACGGGUGAAAAUUGCCGUUGGGGCUGCAAAAGGACUUGAAUACUUGCAUGAAAAGGCUGAUCCUCAUAUCAUUCAUCGAGAUAUUAAGUCCAGUAAUGUUCUGAUUUUUGAUGAUGAUGUUGCAAAGAUUGCAGAUUUUGAUUUGUCAAAUCAAGCUCCUGAUAUGGCAGCACGUCUUCAUUCCACUCGUGUUCUAGGAACAUUUGGUUAUCAUGCUCCUGAAUAUGCAAUGACUGGACAGCUGAACGCAAAAAGUGAUGUAUACAGUUUUGGUGUUGUCCUGCUUGAGCUUUUGACUGGGCGAAAACCUGUUGACCAUACGUUACCUCGUGGACAGCAGAGUCUAGUGACAUGGGCUACACCAAAACUCAGUGAAGACAAAGUAAGGCAGUGUGUUGAUACAAGACUUCAAGGAGAUUACCCACCCAAGGCAGUUGCAAAGAUGGCUGCUGUUGCUGCCUUGUGUGUGCAAUAUGAAGCAGACUUCCGGCCAAACAUGAGCAUUGUAGUUAAAGCUCUCCAGCCCCUCUUAAAUGCCCGGCCAGGACCUGCUGGUGAAACACCAAGCAUGUGAUUCUCUCUCUAAAUCCGUGUGCACAGUCAAGCGUGCAUCCAUGCAAGUAUGCGAGACAAAAAAGGGCUGUUACAGAAAAUGUUAGUAAAAUAUUUGGACAGCUUACUUACGUCCAUUAUUGCUAUAUGUAUUUCAUUUGUUCAUAAUGUAUGAGGCUGUUUUUCGAGUCAUAUUUUGCUGCUGCCCCCUUAAAUUUUCCUUUUAAGUUGUUAAUCCUUAUUAGACGAAUGGCUUGUGUCUAUCAUCUCUUGUAGAUGUGAAAGAUGAUGAUUUCCCCAUCUUCCCUGUUAAGGUUAUAAAGUGAUUGAAUUGAAUUUUUAUUA